AUUACAUAUACUUGUAAUCAGUCCGGUCUUGACCAGCGUUUAUAUCUCACAAUGGAGUCUCCGGCGCAGAGGCACUGUCCGACUGAUGAUUAACAUCGCGCCGGAUGCUGUUUCGAGCGUAGCAUUACGAAUACUGCCUUUGUUUUCGUCUCAGAUUGAUUUUAACUAAUGACGAAUAUCCACCAGACUAAUACUUCGUGUUAUUGGAUCAAGCAUCUGGGAAUAUAUAUAAGCAGUUUGACAAGAUGAUGCUCAUUGAUGUGGGUUGUCAGGUUUUCUCGGCCUGGCGUCUGAAGCGCGAACUUCUCCGAAGGCCUCGGUUGCAAAGAGAGACCAUGAGUUAUCUGACUGGCUGGGGCCAUCCGUUUGAAAGAGAAUACGAAGAGAACUGGGAUGCUCACAAUAUCCCUUCAUCUCCAGAGCUCCUCGUGAAUAUGUUCAAUGAAUCCGAAUACAGCAAGAGAAUGUCUGAUGAAAUGGCUGAAUAUCGGACCAAGAUCGAAACGAGAGAAGCAAGUCCACGAAGAUUAUGAUAUUGCUUACAGGGAAUGCGAGACGAAAAUUCGCUUCAUAAUCCUCUGUGCACUCAAUUCUGUUCUAACUGCAGGUCUCGGAAUUCAUUUAGUCCCCUACUUGAAUGUUAACAGGCGAUAAUGGUCGGAUAUAGAUGUGCUAUAGGCGAUUCUAUCUUGCGAAAUUCUGUCGUAUACAUCUUUCUGUUCUCUGGUUGCUUUUUUUGUGCUUAGAAUUUAUUGAAGGCAAAUGAUG